UCUCUGAUCAGUUGUGGGAAUUUCAUGUUGCUAGAUUUGCUGUUGUUAGAUACAGUACACUAUUCAUGAUAUUUAUUUUCUACUAGGUCCUAGGCCUACUGGUGGUUUAGCUGACUGGUGCCCUGUACAAUCUAUAUUGGAAGAUCUUAAAAACUAUUUUUACUAGUGUUAAAGAGGGCGUUACUUAGCCUGGUGAGCGCGCUUUUUGGACAGAAGCAUGAGGAGGUCACAGAAAUAACAAAUUGUACAGUGAAUUAUAAUGCAUCGCCGCAGGUCAGGGGUUGUAGUCAGUAGACCGUUCAUCACUGUGAGAACUGGCACGAGGCGCCAACGCCCUGUUCGUAAAUUUCUAUAUGGGUCAAGCAAAACAAAAAGGAUAGCUGUCAAUGGACAACAGUGUCAUGUACCUAUCGCUCUGCAAGAGGCACCAUCGAUUAGAGAUGAGUCACCAAUGAACAUUGAAACAGGAAUUCAAAAAGAACAUCAACCAAGUAUGCAUUACAAAAGGAAAGAGAAAGAGGUACAUGAUUGGCAAAGUGUUAGAGACAUACUUGUUCCUAGCCUUAUUGACAACUGGUCUCCUUGUUUGAACUCUUGUUGUAGUGCCUGUGAUCUCCCUUUAAAAGACAAAAUAUUCCGCUGCUUGGAUUGUGGUCCAAAUGUGAAUUUUUGUGUGUCAUGUGUUUCGGUAACCCACCAAAAGUACAUUCUGCAUAUACCCGAAGUAUGGAAACAUCUCCAUUAGGUUGACAUCAUGACAACCUCAAUACCUACCUAU